ACUCGAGCGCGCACGCUCUGCGUUCUUCCCUGCCCGGGCGGCCUGCGACGGUGGCUCAGGAGGUGGGACCGGCUGGCGGGAAGGCUCGGGGCGCCGGCGCACGCGGAGUGGGGACCUCGGCGGGGACGGACGCCGCUCGCAGGAACCGCGGAGUGCCAGCCGACCUCGAAGUUCCUGACCAGCAGAGUUCCAUGCCUGGACAGCCCCGGCCUGGAGUCUGAGGUCCCAGCGGUGCUCCCGCUGCUGCGGAGGUCUCCGAGGAGCAACUGUAUCACUGAACGGCGUGUGGGAACUGCAGCUGGACGAGCAGCCGACACCGGACACAGCCGUCCAGUGAGCCGGGGCCCAGGACCGCGCUUUCCUGGCUGAGUCGCAGCGGGAUGGCCCGCUAACCGCGGCCAUGCAGGCUUGAGCGGACGUCCAGGGCGCGCAGGGGACAACCGCAGGCGCGGGCUGCUGCACUCCGCCGCUGACUUCCUAGCCCAGGGGGCAGUGAAGUCGCUUACCAUGGAGCCCGUGACCAAGUGGAGCCCCAAACAAGUGGUGGACUGGACUAGAGGGUUGGAUGACUGCCUGCAGCCGUAUGUCCACAAGUUUGAGCGGGAGAAGAUCGACGGGGAGCAGCUGCUGAAGAUCUCCCACCAGGAUCUCGAGGAACUGGGGGUCACACGGAUUGGCCACCAGGAGCUGGUGUUGGAGGCGGUCGACCUUCUUUGUGCACUGAAUUAUGGCCUUGAAACCGACAAUAUGAAGAACUUGGUUCUGAAAUUGCGAGCAUCUUCCCACAACUUGCAGAAUUAUAUAAGUAGCCGGCGGAAGAGUCCAGCCUAUGAUGGAAACACGUCCCGCAAGCCCCCCAACGAGUUCCUGACUUCUGUAGUGGAGCUCAUUGGCGCUGCCAAGGCCUUACUGGCUUGGCUGGACCGGGCUCCAUUCACAGGGAUCACGGAUUUCUCUGUGACAAAGAACAAAAUCAUUCAGCUGUGCCUGGACCUGACCACGACAGUCCAGAAGGAUUGCCUCGUAGCAGAAAUGGAGGAUAAAGUUUUAAAUGUGGUCAAGGUUUUAAAUGGCAUCUGUGAGAAAAUAAUGCGCUCUACCACGGAUCCUGUUAUGAGCCAGUGUGCGUGCUUGGAGGAAGUUCACUUACCGAACGUUAGACCUGGGGAAGGCCUGGGCAUGUACAUCAAAUCGACCUAUGACGGAUUGCAUGUGAUUACUGGAACCACAGAAAACUCUCCUGCAGACAGAUCUCAGAAGAUUCAUGCUGGUGAUGAAGUCAUUCAAGUUAAUCGGCAGACGGUGGUCGGGUGGCAGUUGAAAAACCUGGUGAGAAAGCUGAGAGAGAAUCCCACGGGUGUGGUGCUCCUGCUGAAGAAGAGGCCCACAGGCUCUUUCAACUUUACUCCGGCCCCCCUGAAGAACCUGCGGUGGAAGCCGCCCCUCGUGCAGACCUCACCCCCACCCACCACCACGCAGUCCCCAGAGAGCACCAUGGAUGCCUCCCUGAAGAAGGAGAAGCCAGCCAUUCUUGACCUCUACAUUCCUCCCCCUCCUGCUGUCCCCUACUAUCCCCGGAACGAGAAUGUGAGUUUUGCCCUUGGAGGACCCAAUAAGAGUAAGCAGCCAUUGCCUGCGCGGAAGGGUGCAGAGUCCCCUAACUCCUUCCUGGACCAGGAGAGCCAGAGACGCAGGUUCACCAUCGCUGAUUCCGAUCAGUUGCCAGCUUAUUCCGUGGGAACCAAUAUCCCCCCCACAAAAAUGAGGGGGAAGACACCAUCCUAUGGCAAACCCCGGCCGUUGUCCAUGCCUGCGGAUGGGAACUGGAUGGGGAUUGUGGAUCCAUUUGCUCGACCUCGAGGUCAUGGGAGGAAAGGAGAAGAUGCCCUCUGCCGGUACUUCAGUAAUGAACGGAUCACACCCAUCAUCGAAGAAAGUGCCUCUCCCGUAUACCGGUUUUCCCGACCCACUGCUGAGCGGCACCUGGUGCGGGGUGCGGACUACAUCCGAGGGAGCAGGUGCUAUCUCAACUCUGAUCUACACAGCAGUGCCACCAUUCCCUUCCAGGAGGAAGGGCCCAAGAAGAAAGCAGCCUCCUCUGCCAAGGCGUCUUCUGGGGAACCUUCGCUGCUGGUCAGCUGGCUGACUCGCCUCAAGCUGUUGACUCACUGAGGCUGCUCCACCAGCCUCCUGCCUGUCUCCUGCUAGCAAGUGCCUUCUUCCUCAGUGGACAGCUCCUUCCGACUCCGUCGGCAGUGCUCUACGGCGACCUUACUUUGUUCCAUUCUAUUUUAUUUUUUUAAGGUUGUAUAUUGCCGUUCCUGGAAUUUUCAAGUCUUCAGAGGGCAUCCAGAGGAUCUUAAGUGCUGUUUGUGGAGGCGGAAGGAAGGACAGACGUGACACAGCCUGCUUAUUUUUGCCUCCCCAUUGUGGGAACAUGGAGACAUACUCUGUAAAUUGCGUGUUGGCCAGACAACUUAAUGUCAGGGAUCAGCAGCAUUGUACAUUCUUGUUUUCUUGGGCAGUGGGGACUAAGGCCGAUGCCUUUUGUCACACAGAUGUGUUGGUUUGUGGUCCAACGUCUGUAUCUGAAAAAGCCGAAGGAGAAAACUUUUGUUGACUUUUAAAGCUGUAGACCCUAUUUAUAAGUGUGGCCACAUCCACUGCAGAGUGGUGUGGUAGGUGUGUGAGGCUCUUUGAGCAGGGCUUUACCUGUAGGUCAGCUGUUACACAUCCUUAGCCCCCGUUUCUAUAACCUCCAUUUAGGUGAGCCAGUGUAGACUCUCAUGCACACUUUGGGGUGUGCUACACUCAAAGAAGUGCGUGUUUUUAUGAGGGCUGUUGCAGUUGUUAUAUAUGUAUUGUUCCGUGAGGGAGAGAAGCUAUAAGAUUUGCUGAGAGCCAAAGUAUCAUUCAGGAAAUGAAGCAGGCAUGUUUAGAGUUAGGAGACAUGGGGUCAGUUUACGUUAUUGACCCGUGUGAUGUCUGUCUGCUGGAGAAAAGCCAAUAGUCCUUCCCAGUUGUACACAUUUUGCUAAUUAGACAUAUCUCGGAAAGCCUCAUGGUCACUGAGUUUUCAACUAGCAUCAGGUGUUUAAAAAAUGUGUGUCUGGCUAUUAACUUUUGUUUAAACCGAAUGUACAAUAUUUUGCUAGCAUGGAAAAGUCCUAUCUUGUUAAUUUAAGUGUUUUAAAUAGAGUUGUAUAUUUUUCUUACUCUCAGUCCCAUGUAAUUGAAGUAUUUGUUUUGUGUUGUACGUGAAACCCAAGAAAAAGAACAUUCAGAUUGUCCUCAGAUUUACACGUGACCGUUCUGGCCAUCGCCGGCAUGGGCACUAAUAUUAAAAACUGAAAUAAAU